AUGGAUGUGCUAGAGGUCCACCAAGCGGCAUGGGAAGCGAAAGCUGGAAGUGCUUUGCUACGCCACCGGGUGAGGCAGGAGGAGGAGGAGGAGGAGGAUGUGCUCAGUGCUUUCAAUGAGAAGCUCUGCACAUGUCAGCUUUCGUCUGCUACGGAUGGGAUGAGACGCAGGCGUUAUUUCUUGGAUGAUUUUCAAUAUGCGUUGAAGGUUUCCAGUGGUUUUCACAACCGGCUCAUUGCCCCAUCGUUCCUAGACAAGGAGCGACUGCGCGAGGGAGCAAUUUGUGCCUAUGGAUUUGCUACGGCGCUGGAAUACACCCGAGCAGCCGCCGCCGCCGCCGCCGCGGGAGGGUUCCCCUCCUCGCCGCACCCCGGAGGGGUCGUGCACGGCGGCGGAGCGCCCGUCCACAUCCCGGCGGCCGGAGGCAGUAAACCGGUGCUGCAGUGCCGCGUCCUCCUCCUAGACGGGACCGAAGUCAGCGUGGAGCUGCCGAAAAAUGCAAAGGGACAGGAGUUGUUUGACCAGAUUGUAUAUCAUUUGGACCUUGUGGAAACCGAUUACUUUGGCCUACAAUUCAUGGAUGCUUCCCAGGUUACACACUGGUUGGACCAUUCAAAAUUCAUUAAGAAGCAAAUAAAAAUUGGACCUCCGUACACGUUGCAUUUUCGAAUUAAGUACUAUUCAUCAGAACCGAACAACCUUCAUGAGGAGUUUACAAGGUACCUGUUUGUAUUACAGCUCCGGCAAGACAUUCUUUCAGGGAAACUGAAAUGCCCGUAUGAAACUGCUGUUGAACUAGCAGCUCUGUGUCUUCAAGCUGAGCUGGGAGAGUGUGAGCACCCAGAGCACACACCAGAACUCGUGUCUGAAUUCAGGUUUGCACCAAACCAGACCGAAACAAUGGAAUUUGACAUUUUUCAGAAGUGGAAAGAGUGCAGGGGAAAGAGCCCGGCGCAGGCUGAAUUGUGCUACUUGAACAAAGCUAAAUGGCUAGAAAUGUAUGGUGUAGAUAUGCACGUAGUUAAGGGAAGAGAUGGUUGUGAAUAUGCUCUUGGACUGACACCAACGGGCAUAUUGAUCUUUGAAGGAGCCAACAAAAUAGGCUUAUUCUUUUGGCCUAAAAUCACAAAAAUGGACUUUAAAAAGAGCAAACUAACGCUUGUGGUUGUGGAAGAUGAUGAACAGGGCAGAGAGCAAGAGCACACAUUUGUUUUCCGGUUAGACAGUGCCAAAACGUGCAAACACUUGUGGAAGUGUGCAGUGGAGCACCAUGCUUUCUUCAGAUUGCGAGCCCCAGCAAAUAGUAAAUCUAGUAGAUCCGACUUCAUAAGGCUGGGAUCACGCUUCAGAUUCAGUGGGCGGACAGAGUAUCAAGCAACACAUGGGACAAGAUUACGCAGGACUAGUACAUUUGAAAGAAGGCCCAGCAAGCGAUAUCCUUCUCGAAGGCAUUCCACUUUUAAGGCAAACAAUCCUGUGAAAGCAGCACAGCUGUGUGCUAAAAAUACUCCUGAAGUCCAUAACUACCAGCCACAGUAUCAUCCAAAUAUACAUCCUGCUCAGCCACACUGGCAUCCACAUACACCUGUGAAUGUAAGCUAUCCCUUGAACAACAGUGAUCUGCAUCAGUUCAACAUUGAAGAGAAUGGUGGAGCACCAUAUACCACAAAAAUGCCUGCAAGGCACCACCACCACCACCGUCACCACCACCACCAUGCGAAUUUUGGUGCCCUCACUCCGGACAGCAAAGACAUUGUUUCUGGAGUUCCGAACCCAAACAAACUGAGCUCAGGACUUCCCCUUCUUUAUGAUGAAACUUCUCAUCUGAAGAAAAUAGAAACGGAGAGUGUGAAGGUGGUUGGACCGUGGCCAGCCCUGCACGUCAGCAUGAACAAGGUUGAAGACAAGAAAGUAUCUGAAAAGACUCUUCAUGCCCCUGUGUCACCUUCAUCUGUACCUGACCAUAUGAAGUGCAAUAUCCUUAAAGCUCAAGUGGAAGCUGCUUUUAGAGUAGGCGCCCAGGCUGUGAAAGAAGAGACCUCUUUUGUAAAUCCCAGUAAGACCUCCAGCCUGCAGGACCCUAAUGUAAGAAGUCCAGCUCCAGUGCGACCUGAAACUACGCCAUCAACUGGCCCUACAGAAAAGCAAGAGAUUAAAGUUUCUCGUGUGAGGAAGUUAACGAGGCAGUACAGUUUUGAUGAAGAUGACCUUCCUCCAGCACUGGCAGCAGCAGCGGCGGCAUCAACACCUGUGUCUUCAGCAUCUCCCGGGUCACAGAAAACGUGCACGCCACAGACGUCGGAAGGACAAACACAGGUUUCACCUGGUGGCAAGAGUUCUACAGAUGCUGGAAGUACAUUUGCUUUGGAGCCAGGUGACCUCCUGAUGGAUUUCACAGAGGCCACACCUAUGAUAAAGACAUUCCCUGCUGAUACAUCUAAUCCUUUUUUCGAUCCUUUUACAACAGUACCACAGUUUUCUGCAGAAUUUACAGACAGCAAAUUACAAUGCUGUGCGGUGCAGUCAUCUCCUAAGAUAACGCUGGUAACUCCAUCGCCCGUACUGAGAUCUUUGGCAGAGACUAUACCAACUCCAACGGUCCAGACAAUAUAUACGUCGCAUAAACCGAUUUCGCUGGCAGACAGCGCUGAGACUCUGAGGCGUGAACUUGAGAGAGAGAAAAUGAUGAAAAGACUCUUGAUGACAGAAUUAUGAAAUUCGCACUUCCGUCAGAUGGAGAAUGGAUUGGGGCCUUUCAUGUGCCUUCUGUCUGUUUACAUUCCUCUGCUUCUGUGUACUCAACAUAAUGCAUCGGGAAAAUGUGUGAUAUUCCUGGCUCGCCUGGAUUCACCACGGUUGGUUAAAAUUAGGUCUCGGCUAGACUUUAACUUGAAGGAGUUCCUUUAUUCGUUUGCUGCUGGGAAAUAAACCUUCAAUCCUUUAUCUCUCCUGAGAUUUUAUACUAUUAACACAAUUAAUUUCAGGUUUGGUUUUGGUAAAUCUAGGGCAAAAAGGAUCAGCAAGGAGCAUACUGAUUUCUAUUGGGAAACACUGUUCUGUACAUAUGUUAAUAAGUGCACAGAAAUUAAUGUUAUGCAGAAUAUUUUGAUAGUAACAUAGAAAAUAUGUCAUUUUGUACAACUGAAAAUUGCAAUGAGCUACUGCUAUUUGUUAAAGAACCAUUUUUAAAGCAGAAGAAUGAUUAUUACAUCCUAACCCCAGGACUGUUAGUCUCCACAGAAAAAUAAACAGCUGUCUUAUUAAAUUCCUAACCUUAACCUUCACUUCAGAGACAUAAAUAGCUGCAAGGGGGAAAGACACCCCACCAUACAGGUAUACGCACCCAA